CUGACUCACAGGGGGCCGCCAAGUGCGCCGCGGUCCACUCCCGACCCCUCCACGUCUCCCUACAACAGGACAUAUAUAUAUACAUAUAUAUAUAUGUGUAUACAUACACAUCGCGCUGUGCCACAGUUUGAAGGCUGCGUUUCCAUAGACCCGAGACCCGUUUUUACACGCGAGGUCCAUUCACUUCUCGUUUCCUCUGAACGAUCCCCACAUGUCACUUCCUUGUUCCGCCCGUGCCCGGACCAAACGGCGAAGUGUCAGCCGGGACGCGCGGCGUGAGCAACUUGGCCUCAGUCGCGUCAGGAGGCGCGGCCCCUCGAGUCGCCUGUUUUCACAUGUUCCAGUGACAGAGGCCUGCCAGGAGCCCAGAGGGAGACCUCCAGCCCUCAAACAACCAGGACAGUUUUAACAUGGCUGCUCCGAGUUCUUCUGUUUUACGGGCCAUACUGAAAGGGGCCCUGGUGCUGGCUGGCAUCAUAGUCCUGUUGUCCAUGUACUAUCGGUCUUUUCCAUCUCCAAGAUGUCAUCCUUCCCCAAAGCGGCUGAGUAAGCAAGACAAGUCACAGAACGAAUCAGUGGCUACAACCCCAUCAAGCAGCCUACCAGAGGAACAGCAAGCCGACAAACCUGUCGUGCUGCUGUGGUUUUGGCCUGAAAGCAAAAAGUUUGAUUUUCAAGUCUGUAAGAAGCUCAACAUCAACAACUGCCGUCUCACAGAUGAUCGAUCCUUAUACUCCAGCGCUCAUGCAGUUUUGAUAUUUCACAAAGCUAUCAAAGAUGACCUCUCCAACCUCCCCACCACACCCAGGCCCACAUUUCAAAGGUGGAUCUGGUUAAACAUGGACCCACCCAGCAACACACUCAAGAUAGCAGGCAUUGAAUCUCUUUUUAAUUUGACCGCAAGCUUCAGGGAGGAUGCAGACAUCCAUGUUCGCUGGCAACUGACUGCCAAGAAGCACAUGGAUGACAAAUUUGUGCUACCAGAGAAAGAACACUUGCUCUGUUGGAUUGUGAAUAGCAGUGACCUGGACACACAAACGGGGGAGGAAUACCGCUACUACAAAGAGCUUAUAAAAUACAUCAAGGUGGAUAUCUUUGACAGCUCCUCUAAUGAGAGUUCGAGGGGUGAAAACUAUUUCCGAACUAUCAGUAGCUGCAAAUUCUUUCUUUCCUUUGAGAAUUCAGAUCACAAAGAUCACAUUACAGAAACAUUCAAUGGUCCUCUUGCAGCUGGCACUGUGCCGAUAGUUUUGGGCCCACCGAGAAAAAAUUAUGAGCGUUUCGUCCCAAGUACUUCCUUCAUACAUGUAAAUGACUUUCCCAAUCCCUUGGCACUGGCUGAAUUCCUCCUCAAAUUGGAUGACAAUAAUGAGGCCUACAUGAAAUACUUUGAUUGGCGACAUUUCUACAAUGUCAGACGUCAUUUUACUGAGGAGAAUCAUGCAUUUGCGCUUGCUAUUUGUCAGGCCUGUCGCCAUAUAGGCCUAACCAAGGAGUUCAGAGUUGUACGUGAUCUGUACAAGUGGUUCUUCAUAUGAUUCUUCGUACUGUACCUCUGUGAUGGACUUGCUACAGUACAGAGGUAUUCAUCAAUGUAUCUUCGACAGAAAAUGCUGUAACUUUUGUUUCAACACAUCGAAUUGUACUUUUGGUUAAACAACAUAAGGAGUCAUAUCAUUCUUGUCCUAUAAAGCUGAUGUAAAUUA